AUGAGACCCAGGGCAGUGGGUGACUGUGGGAGAGGAGGGAGGUUGGCCAGUCAAGCCCAGACUAACCUCACCCCCACCGGCAGGAGCUCCCGGACCUACCAGGUGGUGUUGGGUGACUAUAACCUGGCUGAGACGGAGGGCACUGAGCAGGUGAUCCCCAUUAAUAAUGAUGACAUCUUCGUACACCCAGACUGGAACUCCGAGUGCGUGGCCUGUGGCAAUGACAUCGCCCUCAUCAAGCUCUCGAGCAGCGCUGAGCUGGGAGACAGAGUCCAGCCUGCCUGCCUGCCUCCUGCUGGUGACAUCCUGACCCAUGACACACCCUGCUACAUCACUGGCUGGGGACGUCUCUCCACCGGCGGGGAACUCCCAGACAUUCUGCAGCAGGCCCUGCUGCCCGUGGUGGACUAUGAACACUGCUCCCAGCGUACCUGGUGGGGCUCCACCGUGAAGGAGACCAUGGUGUGUGCUGGCGGGGACAUCCGUUCCGGCUGCAAUGGUGACUCUGGAGGACCCCUCAACUGCCCUGCAGAGGAUGGCACCUGGCAGGUCCACGGUGUGACCAGCUUUGGUUCUUCCCUUGGCUGCAACACCCUCAGGAAGCCCACAGUGUUCACUCGGAUCUCAGCCUUCAUCGACUGGAUCGAGGAGUUGGGCAAACUGCGGCUGCACAGGAAGACAAACAACCUCUCUGGAGCUAAAAAGCAGCCUCGGCAGCACCCACAGCCUCCCGCGGAGUCUAGAACUUUUCUUCUUCAGUUCCUAAUGGAGACUAAAGGGUACCCAGAGACACAAAGAAAUAGAGAGGUCCCGAAUGAUGAAAUGAGGUGAUGGAUGAGGAGCCAGAAGUCAACCUAUUUCCAACUUCCCAGGUCCAGAUUCCACAAGGGCCUCCUGGGCUCCCAUCAGAGAGCCUCGAUGGAGACUGUUGAUGACCUUGAGACCAUGCCUCGAAGGAAUCUUCCCAGCCCUGUAGCCUCUAUGCAGAGGUUCAGGAAGCUUUGCUAUGAGGAUGCAGCUGGGCCCAGGGAUGUUCUCAGAUAUCUCCAGGAGCUUGCUGGACAGUGGCUGAGACCUGAUAUUCACACAAAGGAGCAGAUUUUGGAAAUGCCAUUCCAGUCUGUCCUGCCUGAGGAGCUCAGAGCUCAAGCGCAGAGAUGUCAGCCCAGAGACAGAAUCACUGGCUAAGUCUUGCUACUGCUUGCUCAGCCCAAAUGUGAGAAAUAAACCAGAGGUACUCUUUGAUGCAGGGUCCAGUUGCAGCCAUGGGAAAUCUGAAUGUCCAUUUUCUUUGAGCUUGUUUUUGACUGGUUGUAAUAAGAAUCCAUCAAAACCCAUGGGUGAAGCAGCUUUAUUUUCUGGGAUUGUGAACUACAGAAGGAGUUUCUAUGCCCUUUUGUUAGGACAAUCAGCCUGCUGCUUCAGGCUCUUCUAGGAGCUUGUUUUUCUUCUGCUGGCUGUCCCCUUUUUUGCACUUUAUGAGAUGCUUUUUUUUUUUUUUUUUUUUUUUUUGGUGACUGGUCAGUUGUGACAUCCUUUAAUGUAUUGUUUUAUGUAUCCCAAGAGGUAAUCAGCUUUAACUUUCAGAAUUCAUGAUUCUCACUUUGAUGGGUUGAAUGGAAGCUUCUGUAACCACACCAAUAACUUGUUCGAGAUACCCUUGAAAUAUUAAAG